AUGGACAUGCCAGUCAACGAUACAAAGGAGCGCCAACAGCCCCCUCGUCCCACAGUUUCCGUGGGCCUCGAAGCUAAGGCCGGUCAACAUGAGUUCAGGAUUACGGAUGCUCAGCGUGAAGCUAUCUUUGCAUGUGAUCUAGCAUGGUCACAUAGCGAUGAAUCGUCCAACGACUUCCGGUCAGAUUCUUACACGAAGCCUACGUUGCGGAUGUUAGAAGCUAUCAUCUCGACGAGUCUCGGGGAUGGUGACACUGAUGAGGACCCAGCGACUCACGCCUUACAGGAUUAUAUUGCUGGCCUGGUAGGCCAUGAAGCCUCUCUUCUCGUGGCCUCGGGAACUAUGGGCAAUCAGGUGGCCCAUCAAGCGGCUCUCCCUGUCCCACCCUAUUCGAUCCUUGCCGACCACCGAGCUCACUUCCAUACCUUUGAGUCCGGUGGCGCAUCUCUUCUUUGCGGCGCAUUGAUUAGACAGGCCGUUCCAUCCAAUGGCCACCACCUCACCUUGGCUGACAUUAAGCGGGAAAGCACGCUGGGGGAAACAGUGUACGAGGUCCCAACUAGGGUCAUCAGCCUUGAGAACACGCUGCGUGGUACCAUCAUGCCGCUCUCCGAUGUUCGCGCUAUUUCCCAGUGGGCGCGCUCGCAGAGUCCGCCGAUUCAUAUGCAUUUAGACGGUACCCGCCUUUGGGAGGCUGUUGCCGCUGGGGCAUUUACCCUAUCCGAGAUUGGGCCCUGUUUCGAUAGCAUCCAGUUAUGCUUUACCAAGGGAAUUGGAGCACCUCUUGGCAGCAUUGUAACCGGGAGUUCUGUUUAUAUCAAGCGCGCAAAGUGGUGUCGCAAAUUCCUAGGGGGUGGAAUGCGCGCCACCGGGCUGAUUGCUGCACCCGCAAGAGCGGCUGUCGACGAUGUUUUCUUUGGCGGAAAGGUGAAAGCAGCCCAGGAUCAGGCUAAAUACGCGUCAGACUUUUGGGAACAGCUUGGAGGAAAGCUUUCAAUGCCAACAGAGACAAACAUUGUCUGGCUUGAUCUUGAGGGAUCUGGCCUAAAGUAUGAAGAUUUCUAUCCAGUUGCUCUCAAGUUUAACCUCAAGUUUCGAGACCUGCAGCUUGGACGUCUUGUUUUCCACUAUCAGAUUUCUGACAGUGCAUUAGCGAGGCUUUGCGAUUUUUUUAAGGCUGUUCUGCAGUAA